CAACAUAGAAAGUGAUCCUUCACUGUCAAGUAGCAGCAUUGUUCUGGCUUCCGAGCUAGGAGAACUUUUUGUCCCUUUUACUUACAGAAGAAGCGAUGGAGCUCUAAAGACUUCUGGUUUAGGAAGCUGGUUACUGGAUCGAUGGCCAGGAAAUGAUUGGUUUUGGAUGCUGCAAGAGGGAAACUAUUCGGAGCUUUUUGGUCAGGUUUGGGAAUGGUACUGAUUUAGUGGUUACAGUAGAAGAUGGAUAUUGGACAGCACCCUAUAUUGACUGUAAUUUGACCACUAUGUGGCAUAUUACAUAUGGUGUUCCAUUCUUCUCUAGAAGCAAUGAUGAACUGUAUUUCAAGGGCGUUGUGUCGGUGACUUUACCAAUGAUUAACGUCGACAUAGAUCAGUGUGACGAUGGAAACCGUCUAUCUGCGUUCUCAUCAUCUCACCACUGUGAUACAGCAACAACACAGUGUGUACCAGUACAUGGAAAAGGGUUUCGGCGAGGUGCUUACAAAUGUUUAUGCAAGCCCAAUCAUUACCCAGCAUCUACAGAAGCUCAACGCCGAGGCUCCAAUUACUACGAUGGUGAAGUUGUAGAAAAUGCCUAUGUUGAAAGUGUGCUUUUAGGGCCGAACAAAGUUUCAAGCAGUUUCCAGUGCUUGCCUUGUCGAGUUGGUUGUGACGUCUGCAUAGGCGACCAACCGUGUUACGUUGAAUACGAUCUGAUGUUACGCAGUCUUGUUCUUUGUUUCCAGAGUUUCUGCAGUACCAUUGUUAUCAUACUUAUCAUCGUUGUUUUCUUUUUGCGGAAGAAAAGGAUUUUCUCCACUUCAAUGUGGGUAAUGCUAGAAACGAUACUUGUGGGGGCGCUUCUCCUCUAUCAGACGGUUAUAAUUCGUUAUUUUGAGCCAAGUGUAACAACUUGUAUGUUAGAACCAUGGUUCCGAGGUUUGGGCUUUGCUAUUUGUUAUGGAGCUAUUACUUUAAAAAUAUACAGGAUAUUAGCUGAAUUUCAGACCAGGAAAGCUCACAGAGUCUGCGUCCGCGACAAAGACUUGCUCAAGUAUCUUCUGGCAAUUAUUAUGGUAGUUAUUGGAUAUCUCCUAGCAUGGACUGCUGUUAUUAUAGACAACAUGAAUGAAGGUUAUAGCGUAGUAGCUCACGAACAAACUCCAAUGGGCCUCAAAUACGUCAUAUGCCGAGCACUUUGGUGGGACUACGUCACCGAAGUUGGUGAGCUACUUUUUCUUCUAUUCGGAGUGUUCCUCACUUACAAAGUUCGCAAUGCUCGCUCUGAUUGCUUCCACGAAAAGGAAACGUUAGCUUGGUCAAUCUACGUAGAAGCACUGGUCUCCCUGCUUAUGUACACUAUCAGGCACGUUGUGUGGUCCAAUCUGUUGCCUGAUUACAUCUACCUUCUAUAUUUCCUUCGCUGCCAGUGUACGGUCACUCUCAUCUUAUUUUUCAUCUUCGCACCGAAACUCUGGUAUCAUGUCCGUCCACCGGAGAUGGACUACCAGUCCGGGCGUCAGUUAUCUUCGUGUGGAGAUGUCCGGGACCAUCCACCUGAGACACUCAAGCUGCAUGAAGCAAUUACAUCGAACGGUGACGUAGAUUUUUCGGAUAUCAACCUCAGCGACAUGGAUCCCGAAGAUAUUCGUUUUGAGCUGCGACGCGUUUACACGCAACUUCAAAUUCUGAGGAACAUCACAAUGAGGAAAGGAAAUCCACACAUCUCACGACGCCGGGGUGGUAGAAAAGGCACGCAUCGUCGAUUCUCGUUGCAGCCCUUCCACCAUCGCCACAAGCAUUACCACGAUCAUGAAGUAACUGAGAUUUCUAAAACACCAGAAGAAUCCACUGCUAGUGCUGAUGGAACUAUGGUUGCUGCAAGCGAUAACGCAUCUACUCGUCAAAGUGAUGAUCAUAAUAAUUCGGGAACUCCAACUGUUACUUUCAAAGAUGGUCCCAAGUGAUCAAAGAACUAGAUCUUGCUUGUUGGCAUGCCCCAACAUGGUCAUUUAGUGAGAUCUAUUUAAGAUCUUGACGUUAAGUCAUAAAUGUGGUAUGUAUGUCGGGAUCUUCAAAGCUCAAUUGUUUAUUCGCUAGCCUUGUUGUAUAAAAAUGGGCAGUGACUAGAUGUUCGUAAUUAUGUAUUGUAAAUGCUUAACAGCUGCUUUUAGAGCCGUGAGCAAAUUUUUUAAAUGUACAUACAGAUGACAAACACCGCUAUGCUUAAUUUUCUUUUUUCAAAACUGCCAAUCUAACCAGUUUUUAAUAUUUAAAUUAUUUAAUUGAAUCAAACGGAGAUGAAAGACUUAGAAAUUUUAAUCAGAUUUGACUUCUAGUGUUGAACCGUUAUAACUAGUAUUCAAUUACAAAUUAAGCGAAAGGAAUUAUAAGUGAUUUGCUGAAGGUUUCCGAUCUGCGUUGUUUUCAAGAACACAAACUGUCUCCGAAAAUGCGGGAAAACAAAUACAAAAAGCGUUUUGGCAUAAAUAUCAGAAUAAUGUUUUUCCUCGAGUCAGUAAUCUAAAAAUAAGCAUUUUCAUUAAUGCAAUGUAUAUAGAGAAUUCAUGAAAUCGUUUUCGCAAGUGUUUUCAGUUACACAAAUUUUACACAAUUAGCAGUUAAAUCAGCAAGAUGACAGAGAAAUUAUAAAUGUAAAAUAAAAUAAUUAGCGAAUUAUUGUUUAAAUAGUAUAGUGCUAGCAAAAUGUUUGCAGUAGAUCUACGUUAUUUGAAAUUCUAUUUUCUAAGUAACUUGCAGAUCAAAUAUUUAGCAUUUCAAAUAUUAAAUUUUGCAGAAUACGAGAUUUUUACGUCUGAAUAAUAAAGCCAAACAUCUAAAGCAAUAUAUGCAGUGAAAUUGUAAGAGGAUCUUGCUAAUUAUAGUCUGAAGUCUUGAUCGGAAUUUUCUUGCCAAUUGUACCGAAAUUCGUUAUAAUGUUAUUUUUUUAUUUUAUUUCUUUAGACCUAAAUUUCACAUAAUACUGAGGUCUUGACGGCAAAUAAUUUCUUGCGUGUGUAUCAUGGCAAAUAAUCUUGUAAGUGUAUUUUGGCAAAUUUUGUAUGUGUAUUAUGGCAGAUAAUUUCAUGCGUGUGCAUUACGGCAGAUAAGUUCUUGCGAACGUAUCAUGGCAAAUAAUCUCUUGUGAGUGUUUAUAGUGGAGAUUUGGAUAUUUUAUAGUUAUUUAUAAAAUAUCAAGAUGCCAUUCCAUUGUAACGUUUCUAUUCAACAUUUUGUUCGUUGUGUGAUAAUAUAUGUUUGUAAACAUUCAAUGUUUAGCGUUGUUUAAACUUCAGAAUGGUGUUUUAAUGAUGAAGUGCGGCAGGAAGCUGAAACACUGAUGGACACUUUUCCCGCAGGAAGGGGGAUAAAUUUGUUGGAACAGAAAAUAGGAUAAAAUAAAAGAGAGAACCCGUAUGAAGCGUAAAAGAAGUAAAUAUUUCCACCUCAUUUUUAUCUACUUUCCCUUGUUCAGUAGUCACGUAUAAUUAAUGUAUAUAUUUCGUUAACUUGAAAACUAGUCUCUUGUAGUCAUAUAUAUGUAUAAUUAUCUCGAACAGUAGUCAUAACAUAUAUUUAAUUUUUUCUUCCUUCCAAAAUACUCUUGAAUAAAAAUUAAUAAAUUAGUUUUAAGCUUUAAAAAAGAUUCUCGCGAAGUUGUAAUUAAUGUAACCUUUAUAUAUUGACAUUUAGAGUCUUCCUAUGGUGUAAUAAUUAAUUAAGCCAUAUAAUACCUCCCACUAAAAAUCCCUAGGGCUAAUAAAUGCAUUUCAGUAGGAGUAGCUAUGGAGAGUAAGAUGAUGAAUGUGUUACUUAUUUCUUCAGCUUUAAAAGGACUUCAGUAGAUAAUAAAGGAUAUGUGGGAAAUAUUAUAUGAUAAACUUGAGUUUUUAAAGAAAUUCUUUUUCCUUACGAUUUCUGACCAAAUAAUUUACAUCUUCAACUUUAUUUCAAAAUUCUGAGAGAGAAUGAUUUAUGAUUAAGGCUGAAAUCAGUUUCGAGGUUUCUCCGUUAAGGUAAAAAAACAUAGCCUAUAUACUUUUUACUUUUUCUUCAACUUUCAGUUUCUUUUUUUUUUCCAAUACUUUCUUAUGUAAUAAUGAAACGGAAAGAAAACUGAAGGGCCACUAAAAUAAAAUCUAAGAAUUAGGAUGUGUACAAUUACAGCAUUUAUUGAUUAUUAAGAAUCUUGAAAUUCCAGAUAAAAAUAAAACAUGCUAACUUAAGCUUAGAUAAACAGUGGCUUUAAACAUUUUAUUGGCGUUAAUUUAGCAUAAAAAAUGUUAGAUUUUUGUACUAAAAAGGGCCCAAGUUUUCCAGUUGAAACACGUCUAACCGUUUUUAUGUAUAAUUGAAUGCCAAUAUGAAGUUAAAAAUCAAAGUUUAUCAGCCAGCAUGCAUGUGUUUUUUGCCAAGAAUACCAAAGUUUAGAUAAAAAUAUUAUCUUUAUUUUGUAUAUUAAACAAUCGAAUCACUUUUAAUCAUUCUAUCAUUUCUUUAUAGCUCUCAUUAGAAAUUCCUCAAGCAGUUUAUUGAGGACUAGAAUUACUGUUAAGCAUUGCUUGUUUUAACAAAUUGCAAAUGUCAAUCUUGUACCACCAAAAUGAAUAAAUGUAAGUUUAUAUUGUUAUUUAUGAA